AGCCACAUGUCAGCGGCAGCUGUACAAAACGGUCAGCCCAGCGGCCCUAGGGUGACAGUGUUUGCCAGAAGCCCAGCAGCAUGGACCGCGCUCUGCUCUGGGUGCUUCUGCCGCUGGUCACCGUGGCCUGGGGCCAGUACGGAGACUACGGGUAUCCUUACCAGCAGUACCACGACUACAGUGAUGACGGGUGGGUGAAUCUGAACCGGCAGGGCUUCAGCUACCAGUGUCCCCAUGGGCAGGUGGUGGUGGCCGUGAGGAGCAUCUUCAACAAGAAUGAAGGCUCGGACAGACAGUGGAAUUACGCUUGCAUGCCCACGCCACAGAACCUCGGGGAGCCCACGGAGUGCUGGUGGGAGGAAAUCAACAGAGCUGGAAUGGAGUGGUACCAGACGUGCUCCAACAACGGGCUGGUGGCAGGGUUCCAGAGCCGCUACUUUGAGUCCGUGCUGGAUCGGGAAUGGCAGUUUUACUGCUGCCGGUACGGCAAGAGAUGUCCGUAUUCCUGCUGGCUGACCACAGAAUAUCCAGGCCACUAUGGGGAAGAAAUGGACAUGAUUUCCUACAAUUACGACUACUAUAUGCGAGGAGCAACCACCACUUUCUCUGCAGUGGAAAGGGAUCGCCAGUGGAAGUUCAUAAUGUGCCAGAUGACUGACUAUGACUGUGAAUUUGCAAAUGUUUAGAUCUGCCACUCACCAAAUCUAGGUGAGGGGAAGGGGGCCAGGAGACCUGAGGAUGUCCACAGAGGUCAACAUCAGCUGGAGCUCCGAUGUGGUUUCUGCUGCUCUUUUCUUCUCCCUGAGGGGGUUAGUGGCUGCAGCACCAGCUUUCUGGGCCUUUCUGACUAGUAUCACACUUAUAAUAAAAUCCACAAUGAAAUCGUGUUCUCACUUUCAACAUGUUCCAUAGCAACCGUUUUAUAUGACUGACGAUGGCUUUCUUGCACCCUGCAUAGACAGUGUGCAUGCUCACAGCCAGAAAAAAAGCCUGGUUCCCAGAGCACCUGUCACAGCUUUUGCUACCAAGUGAGCUACAGGCAAGGCUGGGGCUGAGCAGUAUCUGUGAAGAGGUUCAGUGUAGUGGAGUGAACGGCAGAAAUUGAAGAAAGUGGCAAUCAAUGAAGGUUCUUUGCAGGUCCUCAAGGAGGACCAAGGGUCCUCACCAAGCCUUGAAGGGACAUGUGCCCACUCUCCCCCACCACAUCAGCCAUGCUUGUCUGGAAGUCCAAAGUGCAGAGUUCUGUGCUCCAGGAGGGAGGGGACAGGGAGGUAAAAUGGAGGGAUAAAAGGGUCUGGGCAGAGCUGAAAGCCUUAGCACUGGAAGAAUUUCCUGAGUUGAAGGAAGAUUGUGGGCAUACCCAGUAAUGACAAUAAUGCAGAACUCAGAGAAACCUAUGCAAAUCUGGCUCAAGUCAGACAGGAACAAGGAGGAAGACAGAGAGCAUGGGACUUGUGUUAGGAACUUAGAGGGAAAGAAAGAGUGGCCAGAUUGCUUUGGGAAUAGAAAGGGCGGUUUGAGUCACUGGCACCUGGAGAUGUGUCCAGGACUCCCAGGAAGGCUAGCAUAUGCCUGCAGCCAUGGGACUUACUGGCAAACUCACCUGAGAAAAGCUGCCCUGAGACUCCACUUCCCUUCUAUGCAUAGUUUAGGGGUGUUUUUUGCAGAGGUAACACUAUCUUUCCUCCUCCUGUGAUGUCUCUGUCCCCAGCCCUUUGUACUCUCUUCAUCAUAAAAGGAAUAAAAAUGUUAACAUUCACUAUGC